AUGCUCUCCCCGCACCCAAGGGUGCGGGCAUUAGUCAACCUUCAGAAGUCAGUGUUAUUUAUAAAGCUGCUACUGCUGCUUCUAGCAUAUGAGAGCAUCUUACAGGCAUUAAUUAAGGAAGGUUCCCAAAAGCCCGGGAGGGAAGGGAGGAGGGGCCUGGGGUCAACAGGGACCAGUUCCCCAGCUGGGGCCCUUCCUGUGUUUCCCUGUAGCUUCUCAGUCUCCUCAGGACGUACACAUAUGCACACACAUGCACACAUGUGCACGCACAAGUACACACAUGCACGUGCACACACAUGCCACAAACAUGCCCACCAUGUUUGCGUGCAUGCCCAUCAACCCACUGGCAUCCUUCCUAACUGCCCAUCCUACCCUUGGCUGAAUCUCCUGCGCCUCCCCGAGCAGUGA